AUUGGAUUUUGAUUUUGUCCUCAGAAAUCCAAAUCCCCCCAUAAGAGGGUUAGUUGGAUUUUGACAUUUUGUCUCCGAAAUCCGAAUCCGCCCGUAAGUGGGAUUUGUUUCUACCGAAUAUAUUUAAGGUUGGGUGAGGUGAGUAUUCUUUAUUUUCCAGUUCCACGUUUCCAAAGUACAAAAGAUGGCUGAUUGGUCGGAACUUCAGUAUGAUAUGUUGGUUCUCAUCGGCAAACGUAUAAAUAUGAUCGAAGACUACUUAAAUUUCGCCUCUGUCUGCAAAUCCUGGCGACUUGCGGCCACCAAGAACAAUUUUAACAGUGAUAUGCCUAGAGUUCCAUGGCUGAUGUUAGCCGAGGAAGAAGAUAGCGAAUGCAAUUCAUGUCGACAGUUCUUUAGCCUUUAUAAUGGCAUGAUUCUGAAGAAGAGGAUACCCAAAGCCAAAGAAAAGCGGUGUAUGGAGUCCAUGGGAUGGCUUAUUACGGUAGGAAAAGACGAGGGUGAAAUCAAUCUGCUACAUCCCUUCUCCGGUGUUCAGAUUGAAUUGCCCCAUCAAAAUACUACUGAAGAUUAUGAUACCCUCCACCAGCUUAGGGAUCUAUGGACCUAUUUUCACAAGGCAGUUUUGUCAGCCAGUCCUUCUCAAACAUCAGACUACGUUCUCAUGGUUAUUGAGGGAAAUAUGAAGUUCCUCAGUUUCUGGAGGCCAGGAGACUUGAGAUGGACCAGGAUUGAAAAACAACCCCUUCACGUUCCACAUCGUGAUGUGAUUUAUUUUAACGGCAAAUUUUAUGCUGUUGAUGGGUGGGGUCGCAUUCUAGUUUGUGAUGUUACUAUUCCUGACCCAAUUCAGACACAAAUAGUUGCAUCGCUACCGUACGAAGACAUUAGAGACGAGUUAUACAUUGUAGAAUCACUAGGAUCACUGUUUAUAGUUGUGCGCUAUGGUGGUAUGUUAAGAUACGUUACAGAUGAUAGUGAGAGGAUUCCACUGACGCGCAUUCAAGAUGAUGAUCAAGCGAUAAUUUAUGACGAAGAGUAUGAUGAUGAUGAGGAGAAGGAGGAUGAGGAGUUAACUUAUGGGACAACAAAUUUUCGAGUUUUUGAGUUGGAUUUAGUUACUUGCAAACUGAAGCAAACCAAGGAAUUAGGGGACAGAGCUCUUUUUAUUGGACAUAAUGCCUCUCGUUCUGUCCAAGCUUCACAAUUUCCUGGAAUCAAGCCAAAUCACAUUUAUUUUACCGAUGAUUAUUGGGAAUCAUACCUCGCCUUUGAAGAAGGAGGCGGCUUGGACAUGGGUGUUUUCAGCUUAGUUGAUGGCACCAUCAUCCCUCUCCCACACUACCAGGGUGUCUCCUUAAGUCCUGUUUGUCCUCCAACUUGGGUCACACCAACUCUAUAUUGAUUUAGACCCCUUCAUUGUGUAUACUAUAUUACUUAUUGUUAUUGUUUUUCCUUUCCAUCUUAUGUAAUUACAAUUAUGUUA